UCAGUAAGAUAAAAUUUUUUAAAUGACAGUAAGGAAACUUAAGGUAACGGGCGAUAAAAUAGACAAAAACAGAUUAACAACAACAGACCCUCUAUUGUCACAAGAGGGGAUAGGAGAAAAUGAAAAUAAUUUAUAGGGCAAAGGCCUGCUACAGUUUAUCAAACCCUGAGGGUGUGCUCCGGAAACCCAACCAGAAUUUCCAGCUUGCACAACCAAUUGAAGCAGACCUGGGAUCAGAAUGAGACUAAGACAUCCCCCCAUGACUCAGCUCUUCCCUGAUAUUUGGCUCCCAUGAAGCAGUAAUCUGAGAUAUAAACCCUGGUCCCCCUUAACAUCUCUCUCUAAGGUGAGUCAGCACAUGCCUCCCUCCUCAGCUGGGCAGCGCUCCCCAGAACACAGGCACCACCUGUCCCUUGGCCCCACAUAAAGCUUUUGGAGAGCCCAUAGGACUGUGAGGACUUUGCCUUCUGGAGGAAUGCCACACACCCUCUCCACCCUGUAAGGAAGGUUGCCAAUCUGGACACAAGGAGAAAAGUCCUAAAACAGGAGGAGGGGAGACUGGUUUCUGCAGAGGCUGGGCAGAGAAAGAAAGCCAGUGCCCCAACAGAAGCACCACCUGAAGCUGGUGCCAUGGAUGUCCUGGUCCAACUCCUGCAGCUGCUCAUGCUGCUCCUGACGCUGCCCCUGCACCUGAUGGCUCUGCUGGGCUUCUGGCAGCCCCUGUGCAAAAGCUACUUCCCCUACCUGAUGGCCGCACUGGCUGACAAAACCAACCGCAAGAUGGAGAACAAGAAACGGGAGCUCUUCAGUGAGAUAAAGGGGCUGAUGGGAACCUCAGGGAAGGUGGCCCUGCUGGAGCUGGGCUGUGGCACUGGUGCCAACUUCCAGUUCUAUCCUGCUGGCUGCAGGAUCACCUGCCUGGACCCAAAUCCCCACUUUGAGAAGUUCCUGAAAAGGAGCAUGGCUGAGAACAGGCACCUCCAAUAUGAGCGGUUUGUGGUGGCCCCUGGAGAGGACAUGAAACAAGUGGCUGAUGGCUCCAUGGACGUGGUGGUCUGCACUCUGGUGCUCUGCUCUGUGCAGAGCCCAAAGAGGGUCCUGCAGGAAGUCCACAGAGUGCUGAGACCGGGAGGAGUGCUGUUCUUCUGGGAGCACGUGGCUUAUCCGCGAGGAAGCCAGGCCUUCAUGUGGCAGCAAGUUUUUGAGCCCACCUGGAAGCACAUUGGGGAUGGCUGCUACCUUACCAGAGAGACCUGGAAGGACCUGGAGAAUGCCCAGUUCUCUGAGAUCCAAAUGGAACGACAGCCCCCUCCCUUCAAAUGGUUACCUGUUGGGCCCCACAUCAUGGGGAAGGCUGUGAAAUAAACUUCCAUGGGGGGGUCAUUUGCUGCCUCUCCUGUCCCCAGUCAGAAAAAGCCAUCCACAGGCAAAUCUGUCUUCUGCUGAGAGGGAUCUAAUCAAGAAUGAGAGAAGCUUCCCCUACCACCAUCAUCCCCUAGUUCCUCCCUCCCUCUGCCUGAGGGGAAUCUCUAGCUCUAAUAAAAAAAUCCUACCCUGACUAGAGGGAGGAAAACAUUA